AUUAUUUUUAAUGCGGAUCAUUUGGAUUUGUUCUAAAAGAAUUACAGCAGAUUAAGUUGUUCAUAGCGUAGAAUCAAUAGCACAUAACCAUCAACAACAUAGAGAACACUUUCAUGCAAUAUGAGUAAGUAGAUGUAGCCAUACUUGAGUAUCUGGAGCCAUAAGAAAUUCAGAUGUAGUUUUUAAUAAUUGUAAUGCAAAUUAGUCAGAUGACUAGAACGGCAUAUAAUACAGAAAUCUCCAAAAACAAAUAUACUUUAUAAUUCAUUUAUAAACUAAAUUACAUACCUGUUUUCCCUUAGUAGUUUCAGGCCAGGUAGAAUCAGUUUUAAAAAGUAGCCAAUAAUUAUACACUGAUUUUGCUUUUUCAGGAAAGCUACUAUUUCAGAGAGAAAUGUGUCUUAGUUGCGUCUAUUAAAAUAAACUUACUAAUUUGUUGGGAAUUAUCUGAAACUCCGCCUUUUCUAAACGCGAGGGAAGCUAGUAAACAGUGACUUAUGUGAUGAAAAUGCUCUCCGGUAUCACACAGCGUACACAUUUUAAAAGAGUAGGAAUUAGAAAUCCUUAGAGCAAAUAGGCGAAAUAAUCCCUCUGACACAGUGCAGAUGGUGGCUAUUCAGGUAAGGAAGAAACUUCGGCGAUACAGCACGCAUCCGUGCCCACGCACCCCUUCAGAACCAUGACGUAUACAACCGCUUGCUUGAUCUACAAAACUGUGUUCGAUUAACUACAGUUUACGCUCUUAGACGUUUACAAGCCAUGCACGGCCUUUCUCUUUUCCAUAAACAUUUGGCUCCUCAUCAUACAUUCAUUCCACUUCCCUUCCAACAAAUGUCCCUUACAAUUUCUAGUCAAGUUUUAGACUGAAGAAACUUGGAAUUGCUAUUGCCCUGUCAAUCUCUUAGUUAGGGUCCUAAUGUCAGGACUUCGCAGUAAGAAACACACACACACACACACACACACACACACACACACACACAGGGCUGUUCUACUAGGAAUCCACCUAGGCAAAUGAACAGCAAAGAAGUAAAAAGUAAAAAACCAAAAUGUAUCCGUGUAGGUUAUUGUUUCAAGACAGUUUAAUAUUUAGGAAAUGUCACACACACACACACACACACACACACACACACACACACACGGCACACACUCUCCUUGGGAUCCAGUUACAAGCCCUGCGUCAUCCACCAGAUCACAUGGUAAUUGUUGGUAUUUCAGGGAUCAAGUGGCAUAAAGCUCCCCCCACCCAUCCCACUCCCUUCUUUGGGGACCAUGUAGCGUGGCGGAGCGCGUCUCGCGUGAUGGAGUGAGGGCAGGCUCGGCUCCGACCGGCCGCAGACGGCGCUGCGCGGGGCACGAUCUCCCCGAGAGACCGGCGGCGGCGGGCGGGCGGGGGUCUCGGGGGAGGACGGCGGCUCUAAUUGGUCUCUGAAUGAAAGAGAAUCACCUAUUCCCGGGAGAGGCCGGGGCUGAGCGCUGCCUCUGCUCUGCGUCGCGCAGUCUCCUCAUCCUGCCCUCGGAGCUUCCAGCCCAUUCCGCGGCUGGGCUCGAAGCCGGCGCCCCGCACGCCCCGGGGCCGCGUCCUCCGCCCCGCGCCCCGCGCCCCGCGCUCCGCCGUGCUCUCCGCUCCGCCGCCGCCAGAGAAAAAGUUUCUCGGAGGGGCUCCGGGGCAACAUGAGCGAGCUGGAGGAAGACUUCGCCAAGAUCCUCAUGCUCAAGGAGGAGCGGAUCAAGGAGCUGGAGAAGCGGCUGUCAGAGAAGGAGGAGGAGAUCCAGGAGCUGAGGAGGAAGCUGCACAAAUGCCAGUCGGUGCUGCCCGUGCCCUCGCCCCACAUCGGCCCGCGGACCACCCGCGCGCAGGGCAUCUCGGCCGAGCCGCAGACCUACAGGUCCUUCCACGACCUCCGCCAGGCGUUCCGGAAGUUCACCAAAUCCGAGAGGUCCAAGGACCUUAUAAAGGAGGCCAUCCUUGACAAUGACUUCAUGAAGAACUUGGAGCUGUCGCAGAUCCAGGAGAUUGUGGAUUGUAUGUACCCAGUGGAAUAUGGCAAAGACAGCUGCAUCAUCAAGGAGGGAGACGUGGGGUCGCUGGUGUAUGUCAUGGAAGAUGGGAAGGUUGAAGUUACGAAGGAGGGCGUCAAGCUGUGCACCAUGGGUCCAGGAAAAGUGUUCGGGGAGCUGGCUAUCCUGUAUAACUGCACCCGCACAGCGACCGUCAAGACUUUAGUUAACGUGAAGCUCUGGGCCAUCGAUCGACAAUGUUUUCAAACAAUAAUGAUGAGGACUGGACUCAUCAAGCAUACCGAAUACAUGGAAUUUUUAAAAAGUGUUCCAACAUUCCAGAGCCUUCCAGAAGAGAUCCUGAGCAAGCUUGCGGAUGUCCUCGAGGAGACCCACUAUGAAAAUGGGGAAUACAUUAUCAGGCAAGGUGCAAGAGGGGACACCUUCUUUAUCAUCAGCAAAGGCACGGUAAACGUCACCCGUGAAGAGUCACCGAGUGAAGACCCAAUCUUUCUGAGAACCUUAGGAAAAGGAGACUGGUUUGGAGAGAAAGCCUUGCAGGGGGAAGACGUGAGAACAGCCAACGUCAUUGCUGCGGAAGCCGUGACCUGCCUGGUCAUCGACAGAGAUUCCUUCAAGCAUUUGAUUGGAGGCCUGGACGACGUUUCCAACAAAGCCUACGAAGACGCGGAAGCUAAAGCAAAAUACGAAGCUGAAGCUGCGUUCUUUGCCAACCUGAAGCUCUCGGAUUUCAACAUCAUCGACACCCUUGGAGUUGGAGGCUUUGGACGAGUAGAACUGGUCCAGUUGAAAAGUGAAGAAUCGAAGACGUUUGCUAUGAAAAUUCUCAAGAAACGUCACAUCGUGGACACGAGACAGCAGGAGCACAUUCGCUCCGAGAAGCAUAUCAUGCAGGGGGCUCACUCCGACUUCAUCGUGAGGUUAUACAGAACGUUUAAGGACAGCAAAUAUUUGUAUAUGUUGAUGGAAGCUUGCCUAGGUGGAGAACUCUGGACCAUUCUCAGGGAUAGAGGUUCGUUUGAAGAUUCAACAACGAGAUUUUACACGGCAUGCGUUGUAGAAGCUUUUGCUUAUCUCCAUUCCAAAGGAAUCAUUUAUAGGGACCUCAAGCCAGAAAAUCUCAUCCUAGACCACCGGGGCUAUGCCAAGCUGGUUGAUUUUGGCUUUGCAAAGAAAAUAGGAUUUGGAAAGAAGACGUGGACAUUUUGUGGGACUCCAGAGUAUGUAGCCCCAGAGGUCAUCCUCAACAAAGGUCAUGACAUUUCAGCAGACUACUGGUCACUGGGGAUUCUAAUGUAUGAACUUCUGACCGGCAGCCCACCUUUCUCAGGCCCAGAUCCUAUGAAAACCUAUAACAUCAUACUGAGGGGGAUUGACAUGAUAGAAUUUCCAAAGAAGAUUGCCAAAAAUGCUGCUAAUUUAAUUAAGAAACUAUGCAGGGAUAAUCCAUCAGAAAGGCUAGGAAAUCUGAAAAAUGGAGUGAAAGACAUUCAAAAACACAAAUGGUUUGAGGGCUUUAACUGGGAAGGCUUAAGAAAAGGCACCCUGACACCUCCCAUAAUACCAAGUGUUGCAUCACCCACGGACACAAGCAACUUCGACAGCUUCCCUGAGGACAGCGAUGAGCCGCCACCUGAUGACAACUCAGGCUGGGAUAUAGACUUCUAAUGCAUUUCUCUUACCUGCUUCUGCCUUGCUGAAGACAGCUUUUGCUGAGACACAGCUGCCAGCAAACUGGAGGGAAAGAGAGAAGAUCAGUGCUCGGGUCACCAUGAUGCCUUUGAUUGAUGCUGCUCCAGUAACUACAGUGGCAUUAGGACUUACGCUUAGAUGACAAUAGUGCUCUUUACAUGUUUUCUGUUUGAAUUUAAAAUAGCAUUUGAUAUGGUGGUCCUGAAGCAAAGCCUUUCACCAGUAAAGAGAUGUUUCUAUCAUUGCAAAGGCCUUGCUUUGCUCUGAUUAUCCUUUGAAAGAUUGUAGGAAACACAUCAAUUUAGUAAAAGAGUCUGUACCUUGCUAGAAUUAUCUAGGGAAUGAAAGAAUAAUAUAUUGGGUACGAUAGGUUACUAUGGUACAGAACCUGGGCUAAUCCCUUUCUUCAAGUGAAGGUGGUUAAUCUCUUACUGCAAGCCAGUGUAUAUACCGUACAAAAAAGGACCGCACGUCCGUGAGCCACAGAGUUCAUGUCCAGCCUGUGCUAGAAGUGUCAUGGUUUUAUUUCCCAGCAGUGCUGAUGGCAAGACUGAAUGUUACCUUUUCUUUCUGACAGAUUUUAAAAAUUGAUAUGAUAAAAAGCACAACUGCUAUGGAUUCUGCUGAGAACUUUCAUGGCAGGUAUAUAUGCAUUUUCACUGAAGAUUGGAAAAAAAUGCAUGAUCUUUGUUUCUUUUGAUAAAUUGGCAUGAUAGAGUGGAGAAAAAGGCAAUUCACACAACCAUUUCAUAUUUCUAAAAGGUAUUGUAUGUAAAGAUGGUCCUGGACAUAAAUAACUAGCAGCCAAUUGGUUUUAUUUAUUACCUAAUAUGCCCUCAAACUGAGGCUUAAAAUAUUCCCUUUUAUAAAAAUGAACCCAUGGGAUAAGGAUAGGGUAGGGUGGGAGGGAAAAAUGCCCAUCCAAAAAGUAAAACAAAAAAAAAAAAACUAUAUAGGUGCUAUGUAUAUCUUUCAUCUGUAAUGUCAAUGUCUGAAUGGACAACACAAAUUCCAAGCAUUAUAUGUCUAGCCAGACUCAAGCGUUUUCACUAAAUUUAUUAAACCAAACUCAUGUCAGCUUUCAUUCUUAACAGCAUAAUCUAGAUUAGAGAGAGAGGAGAAGAUGGCUAAAGCCCUGUUUAAACUAGCCUUUUCUGUUUGAACUAGCUUUUUGUCUUAGGCCUGAACCAGAGAGAGAGAGAGAGAGAGAGAGAGAGAGAGAGAGAGAGAGAGAGAGAGAGAGAGAGAGAGAGAGAAGAAAGAACAAAUUCAAGAUUAUUAAGAUCUACUAGAUCGUAAACCUCACUUAUCUGAGGUCAGAGAACAAGAAAGCAAGCUGGCCACUUGGACUGAAUUCAGACACUAGUCAUAGUAAAAAGGAACUGGACAGAAAAAUGGGAAUCUGAUUUGCUUAAAAUAAGUUAGGGAAAUAGAAAGAAAUAUCAUGAUCCUCAGAUUUCAUACUAGCUAGGAAAGACUGGAUUUGAAAACUUCAAACUGAUUCUCUUUUUUGUCAUAGGGAAAAGAACCUGUGAAUUAGAUCAAGUGUUGUUGGGAGGAAAGUUGACCACGACUAGCUGUCAUACAUAGCAGAGCCAUUUAGGAAGCUUUCUCCUGGACAGAUAGAAUUAUGCCCAUGCAGAUAACUGUGUCAACUUGCAGCUGUCCUACUGAUAUGGAACUGUAUGUAAAUUUGGUAUGAUAAAUACUGAUUUGCUUUUAUCCAAUAGAGUUAAAAUCAAUCUAUUAUACAUGUUACCAUAAAAUGUGUCCAAUUGGAUCAUAAUAUUAUGGCCAAGAAAGCAUAUAUUAUGCCUUUUAAGUUUUCAUGCUCAAAACUAACUUAGGAUAUAAUAUCAAGAAUAAAAUAUUCUAAAAUAAUUUGGAGGGUAAAACUCUAAUGUUUAUGAUAUAUAAUUAGAAUAAAGUUCAAAGAAAAUUUUGAUCCUAAUAUAUUAUUAUUGUGUCUUUGAAAAUUUCCCAUGUAUAAAUAAUUUCUCAAAAUCAAUCUAUUUGCCAAGAUAUGUGUUCUCUGCUGCAGAUUGAACAAUAUAAAAUUAAACAUUUCAAAAUCUAGCUCUGAAUACUAUUUCAGAAGCUUUUAUACUUGUUUUCAUUGGGCUUCAAACUAAUAUAAUUCCACGUUAUCUUGUGCAUUUAAUAAUUUUCAUUGAAAGUGUUGUUUAGGCAUGCUAAGGCUUGCUAGAAUAAUGAAUAAAUGUACUCUUACCUUUACCAAAACAGCCCCAAGCCCCCUGAUGUAAGCAUUGCCUAUGGAAUUAGGGACUAUGGCUCAAGUCUAAGGCAACCCAUGCUUUGUGUCAGCUCUAAGGAGAAGGAAAAAGUAGCACUCAGCACUGUAUAACUGUAUUUUCUUUCCCCAUCUGUAACUGCAUCUCUGUUCAUUUCAUCUGCACCAUUGCAUUGGGAUGUCUAAAGCAAUCACCAAAAAUAAAGGUGAACUAUAUCUUCCAAAAAUUACUUACUGAUAGCAUCCAUCUGAUUUUAAACAUUGAAUUUUUAGGAAUUAAAUCUUGUCUUAACAGAGACACUAGGGCUAUAAUUCAUGAUAAACCUCGUGAAGUCCAUCUCAUUUAAUUUCUGAAUUUUUCAUGGCCCCUCCUUUUUCUUUUUUUCUUAAAGAACACCUGGAUCUGUUAGAAUAGUGCCAACUUGUUUGAUUUGUUAACUGACUUUGUUAAUACUUUGAGUUUGGGAAGUAAGGGGUUUCUGUGGGUGUCUUAACUCACAGGAAAAAUGAAAACUGCAAAGGAAAGGAACAUUGUAAUAUUUGAAAUAAAUUGAAAUCCUAGGAGAAAAUGAUUUCUGGAAAAUUGUUACAGUUAAUUUAUGUUUGUUGCCUCUUUAUUAUUAAGAUAUAAAUCAGAGCCAUGCCACACUAAAAACAAAUUCAUUUUGAUCAUAUUCUUUAUGAGUCAUACUUUUGCUAAAAAUUAUGGCAAAUACAUGUGAAUUACACAUGUUUAAUAAUGAUAAUAAAAAACUCAACUAUUAAAUCUUUCUUGUUGCAUUUCGCAAUGAGUGACAGGAUGAACUUAAGUUUAAAGAAGUCAGCUACCACAUUAAACACAAAGAUAGUAGAAGUGACGUCAUAAAGUAGGGGUGAUCUUUGCAUUAUCCAUACAACAUUUUAUUUCACAGUAGGACCACAGACAAAUAUUUAUGUAAAUAGAUAUUUUUGUGUGAAAUUUUGUGGUACAUAGAACUUUUUUUAGUGUUUCACAGCAUUAUUAUUUCACUUUAUUUGUAUUGAAUAAUGUUUUUAGGUCCAAGUAGACUUGAAUUAACGUCAUAAUUGUCAGUAUUAUUGAAAAUUAUGUCAACAGUACUGUUACUCAUCUGUCCUAUAGUUUAGAACAUGACCUGGCUAUCUGGCAUUGUUGCAAGUGCCUUAAAUUCAUGGCAUCGUAUUAAAAAAAAAACAAAAACGAAUUUGGUGUUAUGCUGCAUGACAAAGACAAACACACCUCAAAAUGUUGUCCUUUCUUAGCUUGCUGCGUUUUACAGUUCUUUCUGCUAACAAUUUAUAAGCCUUUAUUAUAUAAUAUUGAUCAAUUACAGAAAUGAUGAAAUUGUUCUCUUAUUUCUGUUAAAUGUACCAGAGCUGUGUAUCUGUUAAUGAGAUACAGCGUCAUUUCUGUGAAAUGUAUAAAUGUCUGUGCAGGUCAAAUUAAUAUAUGACAUACUAUCAGUCUGUAUACAGGUAUUCCUGUUUUGUUAAGCUGUGCAGAUUCAGUUUUUAAAAAUUAGUGCAGUCAAACUCUAACGUAUCUCAUUUUGUAGACUCCAUUAACAAUGAUCCAACCCAAAAGAGAAAUUGGAAGUGACUGCUAACCACACCUCGUUUAGAAACCAAUGAUGAACAAGUACCUUGGUGCACCAUCAAACAAAACAGGAUGCUUUUUCUGAGUUCUUGUAUAUGCAAACCUAUUCAAAGGCAAGUUUUCCACAGCACUAGACAGCGGAUCUCUGAAAGUAUGUUGUUAGCCCUCCUCUUCAUGUGCCCCUGCAUCAACAGACAGCUCUGGGACCUUGGCAGUGACUCAGAGGUUUGGGCUUUCUGAGCGAAUAGACAUUUCUUUAAGCAUCAUCUAUCCAGUUUAUUUCAAUGUAUGAUGUUUUUACAACUGGUCGGUUCUUUUGUAUUCUUAUAGCUAUGGUUAUUUGAUUGUCUUCUUACAAUUUGUUCUACAUGGAAGAGUCCUUUGUUAGUCAGAAUGCAACCGUCAUCCAAUGGUCAUUGACCACUUGCACUCUUUUGAUGUAGAUUAAAAACUUUUUCAUAAACUUAACCUGCUUUGAUUUGCUCUGUAUUUUUCCUGCAGCUGUAAUUGCCGAGUGCCUGUUGUAUACUUUAUAGAGUUGAAAUAAAAAAAACCUUACUUUUGAA